GGGUAUUCUACCGUUGAAGAUCCAUCACAGGGAUUCUCAAGUUUCGGAAUAAAUGUUUCUCUUUUAUAUGAUCAUCAGCUACCCAUAGUUUUAAAACAAUGUUUAAAAGAUCAACAGUUUCAUACAUAUUUGUAA